GCUUUAUCUACCCUCUCAUUUUGAGGGAGAAAAAAAAAAAGGAGACACUAGACACAGAAAGAGAUUGGCGCCAAUUUAAAGUACGACUGAAAGCAGUUACAGACUUAUAGAAAUCACAAAUUCACAAUUCAUCAAAAGAUUAUUCUUUUGUCAACAAUCACUAAACAAACACUUAAAUAGUUGAAUGGCAUACACUUUAUCUCCUCAAGCUUUGAGCUUUUCCCCUCAACUUCCUUUCAAUGCAACUCAUAAUUCUCCUCAUGUUUGUUUCUCUUUCCUCAAUUUCACUUCUUCUGGGUUUUUCAAUGGAGAACGAGAUUUUUUAUGGCCAAUCUCAACUCAACAUCCGAGAAAUGUGUUAAUUUUAACCAAAUGCAGCAGAGAAAUUGGUGAUUAUACAGAAAAAGGGCAUAUCGUUUCAUUAUUCCAAAUUCUGGGUUUUGAUGAGAGAGUAAUUGAAGAUAUAUUAGGGAGAAAUCCUGCUUUGGAGCUCUUACCUGUUGAGUCGAUUCGCAGUCGAAUUCGUGGGUUACAAUCAAUUGGGUUAAAUGAACUUGGUUUGUCUAAGUUGAUAAUCAAACACCCAGAUGUAUUAACAGCUGAAGAAGUUGAAUUUUUUGUAAAGUUUAUUAAUGGACUAGAAAUCAAGAUUGAAAGUAUUCAGAUUGAGCGUCUUUUGUUGGGUAUGGAGCCUAGGUUUAUUGGAGGGUUUGAUAAAAAAGUUAAUUUGUUGAUUGAGAAUGGCAUUCCUCAAGAAAAGAUUGCCCAUGUUCUCAACAAUGUUAAUCUUAGCAAGGGUAUUUGUCUUAAAUCAUAUGAAGAAAUUCAGAGAUUGUUAACAUACUUGACUCGUUUUGAUGCCGUGGGUAUAAUUGCUAAGCGCCCUUCGAUUCUCAACUAUGAUUUGGAUACUCAGUUAGUUCCGCGAAUUGGGUUUCUUCAAAAGCUUAGUGGAGGAGACACAGAUGCCGUUGGAGAAGUUUUGAAUAGACUCCCUGCUAUUCUAACUUAUAGUGUGGAACAUCUGCAAGGGCAUGUGGAGUUCUUCAGAUCAUAUGUUGGCUUAUCUGAUCCGGAGAUCUUCAAGAUUGUGCUUGUUUUUCCAAAUGUAAUAAGUGCCAGCAAAAAAAGGAAAUUACAACCCAGAAUUGAUUUCUUGAAGGAAUGUGGACUGGAUUCUGGAGAGAUUUAUCGGUUUUUGAUUAAAGCACCAUUAUUUCUUGGCCUUUCUUUUGAGAAGAACCUCUCUCACAAGCUGGCAAUGUUGGUAAAGAUUGGUUAUGCCUAUAGAACCAAGGAUCUUGUUAUGGCAAUGGGAGCUGUGACAAGAACAACCUCUGAAAAAUUGCAGGAAGUUUUUGGUUUAUUUUUGAGCUAUGGCUUUUGUUGUGAUGAUAUAGUUGCAAUGAGUAAAAAACAUUUUCAGAUACUGCAAUAUAAUCCAGGGUCUUUAGAAAAGAAGAUGGAGUACUUGAUUGAAGAUAUGGAUCGAGAAAUAGGAGAACUUUUGUCAUUUCCUGCGUUUCUCGGAUACAAUCUUGAUAACAGGAUCAAACACCGGUAUGAACUCAAGAAGAAGAUCGUAGGUGAAGAAAUGUCUCUAAACAAACUCUUGAGCGUCUCGACUAAGAAAUUUUCCAAAACAAAGAAGCAGCUGGUUCAAGUGAGCUGCGAUAUGGGAAAAGACAAUUCUAAUGAGAUAAACGUUAAAGGUCAUUAAUUAUUGUUUGUUCGAAAGUUAUUGGCUAUGGCAAUUACUCGAUGACUAUUCAUUCGUUUUGUUCAUCUGGAAGUUCUAUAAUCAACGCUUCAAAGAUUGCUGCUUCACAACACUGCAAUGCCAGUUCUUACCUUCUGCAAAAUCUAGUUGAACAUACAUUGUAUAAUGCUUCUAUAUAUUUAAUUCGAACAUACAAAAGAACCUGCAGGCAUAAUGAAAGGAACAUGCAACUCAAACAAAUUGAGGAUCUAAGUGUUGCAUGUGUCAUCUUGUAGCUUCCAACUAUCUGUUCAAGACUUCAAGCUUAAAUAUCAUUGAUUUCAGGCAGCACUAACAGGCUUGGCCAAUUUAGGUUGCUAGACCUUGCAAAUAUGUUUCUCAAGGCGUGCAAAGUUGUCAGAACUCAGAAAUUUUAAAUAUAGGGCAAAUUGUUGUAUGGUUAUAUUAUAUCCGAGAUUUCUGAUGCUUGUAACUUCAUGAUCUAAACAUAUACAUGAUUGCAGCCUUGGUUUUCAAAUCUGUUCUGUUGCAGAACAUGUUUGAUAUUUAAUUACUUUGUAUCACUUUGAGCAUUUUAAUAUGAAAGAAAGAAACAUCCUUCCUAUCAA